AUGGGCUGCAGCAGUUCCAAACCCGCCGCAAAGUACGAGACGUAUGGAGUGACGCAAUCUGCCAGACCCGCAAAGAAAGAUAAACGCUAUGGACCCGACGACAAGUGUCAGAGAUGGGCAGACGAGGCUACAAGAAAGACGGGCCAUAAGUGGACGAGGAAUCAUGCGGGAGUUGUUUAUGGCAUAUAA